GCACACUUGAUUGAAGAACAGAUCCAGAAUGAAACAGACACGACUAGAGUAAGAGAAACUCUCCUGAUCUUUAUUAAAGCACACCUGUUCUUUACUCAGAAAUGGAGGGAAAUACAUCGAUCGCUCUUCUUCUCUCAGCUGUUUUCAGUGAAUGUGUUUCACGUCAGUAUCACUUUGUGAAUCAGAAGUUGAGCUGGUCUGAAGCUCAGAGAUACUGCAGAGAGAAUUACACAGAUCUGGUCACCAUCAACAACAAGAACGACAUUGAAGAGCUGCUGAAGAGUGUGAAUGAUGAUCAGGUUCAGUUUGUCUGGAUCGGACUGCACAAGACAAACAUUAAGACGUGGAAGUGGUCUCUGGGUGACCCAGCGUUCUACACAGGAAGUGAUUCACAGUAUCGUAACUGGGCACAUGGACAACCAAAUGAAGAUGAAGACUGUAGUAAUAUGAAUACUGGAGAAUGGUGUGAUUAUAAUUGUACUCACAGCACACAACUCACAGGGUUCAUAUGUUACAAUGACAGCAGUAAAGGACACAUCCCUGUUCAUCAGUCAGUGAUUUGGAGAAACGCUCAGAGUUUCUGUAGAGAUCAUCACACAGAUCUGGUCAGUGUGAGGAACCUGACUGAGAAUACACAGAUUGAGAAGAUCAGAACUGACGGAGGGAUGAAUGCAGUCUGGAUCGGUCUGUUCAGAGACUCAUGGGAAUGGUCCGAUGAGAGUGAAUCUUCAUUCAGAAACUGGAGAACAAGUGUUCCUGAUAAUGUUGGGGGGAAUGAAAACUGUGCAGAGCUUUGGGUCAAGACAGAACGUGGACGAUGGGAUGACAGGAACUGUGAUAUAAAGACUCCGUUUGUUUGUCAUGAAGAUGAACUGGUUUUGAUUAGAUUGAAUGUGAGUUGGAAUGAAGCUCUGAGAUACUGCAGAGAGAAUCAUGUGGAUCUGGUGUCGGUUCACUCAGAGCAGAUUCAGCAUCAGGUGACGGAAGUGGUUAAAGACGCCUCGACUGCAGCGGUGUGGAUGGGUCUGCAUCACUACUGUGCCAUGAACAUGUGGAUCUGGUUGAGAGGGGAGGUUGUGUGUUAUCAGAACUGGGCUGCAGGUCACGGGACAGGACAGGAAGAUUGCGGUGAUGGACCGAGAGUUGGAGCAGUUCAGUCUGGAGGAGAUCAGCGAUGGAUCAGUCUUCCUCAAACUCACAAACUCAACUUCAUCUGCACCAACUCUCAAGACUGAAUCAUCAUCAUCAUCAUCAUCAUCAUCAUCAUCAUCAUCUCACCUGUCGACUCUGGAGCAACAAAAUUUCACCAUGUUUGAUUUCCACUUAAAACUUUAUUGUCUUUAUUCAUUUGUAAAUGUAUCCAUUUAUUUCUGUGAGUAUUUCUUUGUUCUUGAAGUCCUGAGAUGAAUCGUGCGGUUCAGAUGAUGGAUACAAACAUUUGAACUCUAAUUCAUUUGGAUUUUACUAUUUUACUUUGGAGGUAAUAUUUAGUGCCAAAAUGUAAACGUGACUCUCUGUUUAAUAAUGUUUGACAGAACGUCAGUGAUUGUUUUCUUGUGUUGUUUUGCCCAAUUAUAUACUUUAAAAUGUCUGUCGGUCACUUUAUUCAUAUUCCUUUAGAAAUGAGGCUUUAGUUGACUGUGACCCUCUUUAAAAUAAUGGGCUCAUAAACAGAUUCUCAUGUGCGUUUAAAUGUAUGUUCUUAAAAUCA